CUCACCGCCAGGAAAUAUUGAAACUAAGAUAACCGAAACAAAUUUAUCUAUAGUGCAUAUACUGUGGUGAGCAGUGAUAUUAAGCAAUAUUUUCUGAGAGUCAAGCAGACGAGUGAAAGUGCGGAGUCAGAAAAGCUGCGGAGGAAAAAAAAAACGCAACAGGCAUAUCAUACAUCACAUAGAGAUGAUCACUCACUGAUGCAGCGAAGGUUUGCUACGCACAUGACCUUUCGACAAUUUAUCCAAGUUGUUAGUUGUCACUUGUAAUUUACUACCUCAAACCGGUAUUCAUAACAGAUGGUACUUAGUCAAACACAACGAGUUAUUAGCCCGAAGUGUAGCACUGAGCGGAUUGUUUACCCCAUCUCGAAUCACCAUAUAGUUCAACGAUAGCUGUGAAGAUACAUAAUGUCCAACAGUGUUAUGCGUUCAGCAUACGAGGACCCAGCAGACAGACCUCUUUUUGGAGACAGUAGGCGGCCAACGGACAGGGUCUUGAAUCUGAUUGUUGGUGUCUUUACAAGCUUGAUAGUUGUUAUCACAUUGAUCAGUGCCUUCAUUUUUCCUUCAUGGCCACCCAAUGGAAUAAAUGUGUUUUUUGCAAUCAUCAUUGUGUUGAUAUGCUGCUCACACUCCUUACUGAUUUACUGGUACAGACAAGGUGAUCUAGAACCCAAGUUUCGGAAUAUGAUUUUCUAUAAUGCUUUCACAAUCAUUCUUCUGUGUGUGUGUGGAAAUCUCUACAUCCAUGAAAUAGGCGUGUCAAAGAGCAGGUAAAAGUGAAUGGACUGAUGGCCAUAUGUUCAUUAUAAGCUUAACUAUUCACAGUUCAGUCAUUUAUGUAUAGUUGAAAAAUCACAUUUACAAAAUGGCUAGACAAGAAACUCAGAACUGUAAAGAGUUAAUUUAUAGUGAUACUACUACUUGUGGAACUUUGUCUCGGCUGAUAGAGAUGAUGUUGUUUUUUCCCCUCUAGGUUUCCUUUUUCAUUUGUUAUUUUUGUGAGAAUUUUCUGAAGUUUACAGUUGAGUCACCUGUUUGGACACCUGUGUACAUUAAAACAGUAAUUUAAUUUAUAGAACUGUGACUGGCUUUUCACUGUGGGAUAUGAUCACAUUUGAAUUGCCUUUUAAGCACCAUUUAAAAAUAGAUCAGACUUCCGAACCAUUUUAAUGACUUUAUAAAAAAUAUAAUUUUGUAUAAUCAUAAUCAAUUUGGUGUAGCAAAUUUCUAUAUGGACCUAUAUGUCAGCAGCUACUUUUUCUAGCUAUUACAUCAUUAGAGCAUCAUGGCAAGAGCAGAUUUUUUUUUUUUACGGAAAUGAGAGAAAGGAAGUGAGUCAGGGUAUCAGAAACAACAUUUGGGCCAUAUGGGCCAGAGUAACACCUACGUACUGUACUAAUACAAUUUUAUUGAUUUCUAGGGCAAUUCAAGAUAGUGCUUUUACUAGCAAUAACAUAUACAUGAUUAUAUAAUUAUCACAGUAUUAUUAUUACUGUCACAGUGAAACAUAUAUUUCACAGGGUUAAAACUCAAUCUGUGGCUGCGCAUACUUUCUUUAAAAAAAUGUCUGCCUUUGCUGUGAAAAGAAGUUUGUUAAAGGAAGGGAAGUGAUGAAUUCAGUAGCUAGAACAAUAAUAUUGGAAGCAUUUGCAAAACAGUCAUAUUGGUUUACUUUAAGGAAUACAAACACUAAGUUUAUUCUUUAUAAAUCUUUGGGCACAAAUGUGCAUUGUCAUGAUUUUUCAUAACAACCACGGAAUACUGAUCUGAGUCAUAGCAUCUGCUUGUACUUUUGGCUCCCCUCGCAGAAGGCUAUUAGACUUAACAGCUGUCACAGAAUAUAGCAUAAUGGAGUGAGAGGGGAGGGGGGACAUGCCAGGGUGCUUAUUACCCUAUCUGGCAUGAAAUAGAGUUAAAAGAAAAUUAAAAAAUUUUGUUUAGUAGUAUGAUAUAGUGAUCUAUAAUGUUUGCUCUUUCAGUGUGUUUUUAUCCAUUUAUUAAAUUAAAGUAUUUUUAAUAGUACAAAAGUAUAUUUGCAAUCCCUUUGCAGUAGUAUCAGGUACUUGCAUAAUAUUUUAGACAUAAAUUCAUAAAUACCCUAGUUGCAUCUGCAACAACAAAGACUAUGGCUACUUCCUUAGUAUUCACUCCUGUUCAAAAUGAUUUAAAUGUUUCUUAAAAUGUUGCUGAUUGCAGAAGAUAGGUUUCCCUAUAUUAUAACAGUAGGGUCUUCUGGAGGGGUUUUAUGCAGGACCUGAUUUUCUGAAUUUGUCAAUAUUUUCACUAUCUUUUACUUUCUUUUUCCUGAAAGACAUAUAGUUUUGCUAGUUUAUUUUGUUUGGAAGGGCCUAAAGAAGAAUGACUGCUAUAUGGGACAUUGUUUUGUGUCUGAGAGAUAGCUCUAUUCAAAAUUGAGCUUGUGGAUGGCCUUGGUAAAUGUUCAUGGUUAUAUGUAAGUAUCAGAGAUUCUGUCAUAUACCAUAUUGGUAAAUUAUACAAGUGUACUGUAUCAUUUGUACUGCUUUGUAACAUCCCUUUAACUUGUUGCAUGAUAUAUCAUGGGCAUUAGACUGGAAUCCUUGAUGGAUUUCAUAUUUUCCAUUUAUAAAUGGUGCAUCCUUGAUUCAAAAUUCCAUGUGUGUUUGGUUUGAAUGAUUUAUUGCUUUCAUUGUAAAACCUUCACUGAACUAAAUCUAAGGUUGUAAAAUCGUAUGCAACAAGCGUUGUAUGUUUAGUUGUUAUAUGCUUGAUGCUUGGUGAGGCUUGAUUCUGAAUAAACCAAGAGACUGCAAGGAGAUAAAGCAAAAUGCAUGUAAUGCAAGAAAAUGAAGAUAAAAGUGUUAGUUAAUAUGAUGGAAUGACUACAUCUUAUGUGGGUGUGAACAGGAUUAUUUGCUUUUUUAAAGAAAAAAGUGUACAUAAUUAUAAUUUAUUUUCUGCUGGGAAUUAGCGCAGAAUGACAAUUUGACCAGUUGUUGGUUUUGUUGGACAGCAUUAUUAGAAAUAUAAGGAAAAAUGCAGUUUUAUAUAUAUAUUCAUUAAUAAAUGUCGUUCAGUUUUGGUUGGAAGUGUCUUUCCUCAUAGCAAGUAUGUGUAUGCUUGUUUAAAGUACUUCUGUUUUAUUCCUGAACUUUUAUAAUUAUUUCCUGAUUUAUAUUGGUCCAGUGCCCUUGCUCUGACCUAUUUCCAUCAUCUUUUUACUUCAUGCUGGUAGAUUCUCAUUGUAAAAUGGUUUCCUUCCUUCCUGGUGAUAAAAACCAACUGUAAUAAUGCAUUUAAUUGCAGAUUCUGCAGUUUGGCUUUUCACCUUUGGACUGCUGGCCAUCACCUUUUUUUAAUGGAAAAAACAGGGUUUUAAUGGGAGUUUCUAAACUUCCUUAAAAGCCACUUCCUUAAUGGUCUUGGAGAGAUGUGCUCAGAAAUGUUUAAGCAAGCAUAAUUAUUUUUUCCCCACAUUCCUUGCAAAAUGUGAAAAAUUAUGUUAUGUGCAUAUGUGUCCAAAGUGCAGACACAGAGUGUAGGCCACAUAUGUUUAAAAAGAGUUAAAAUUCUUGAGAUCUUGA